UAACUCCAAUAUCUGAACGGCAAAUUGAACCAUUUAAAAAGUAUAGUGUUUGUGGGUGUAACCAGAAAGUAUAAUUCUACAUUCAAAUUUGAAGCUGGCUUAUCUCAAAACGAAAUACGUGUAAAUCCGAUGCUUGCCACACGAGUAUAUAAUAAAUACUGUAAUAUAUUUUUUUAUUCUAUUUUCUAUUGGAGAUUCUAAUUUUCUAAUUAGUUACCAAAAUUAUAGGAAGUUUACGUACCAUAAAUCUUUCCUUUCCUAUUUAGGAAACGCACGUCAUAAAUACGUGAUAUACUCUCUAUAUAUUAUAAAUCAACAAGUCCCUAAUUCACCAAGCUAUAAUAUUUAAUCUUUUUUCUCUUACCAUGAAUGCUAACAACACUGACACCGUCGAUUCCAGCGCCGUUACCAUUAAGAAAACACAAGGACGUAGGAAAAUAGUGAUCAAGCCAAUAGCAAACCAAAACAGUAGGCACGUUACCUUUUCCAAACGCCGUUUGGGUGUUUUCAAGAAAGCUAGUGAACUUUGCAUUUUAUGUGGUGCAGAGAUUGCUAUCAUAGUUCAAUCUCUGAAACAACAAUGCUUAUUCACAUUCGGUCACCCCAGCGUUGAUGUUGUUAUCGACCGGUGCCUCACUGGAAAAUCAUCUUCUGUGAACAAUCAUCGGUUCAACUUUGUGCAACAGAACAAUGAAUACUAUUCUCAAAUCUGUAGAGAAUUGGAUGCGGAGAAGAAGAAUAAGGAGAUUAUUGAUGAAUCAAAGAUGGUGAAUGGUAAUAAUAAUGGAUUCUGGUGGAAUGAAUCGAUUGAUAAUAUGGGGAUUGAGGAACUUGAUAAAUUUGUGGAUGCAUUGGAAGAAUUGAAGAAGAGAGUGAAUAUGAGAGUUGAUGUAUUGAGAAUGAUAAAGGGUUCUUCUUCAGUGCCCUCUACUUCAACUAUGAAUCAGGCUAUUGAUUAUUGUGCUUCCAUUGUUCCUUUUGAUUUCAAUUACCCGGGAAAUGCUCAAUUCUAAAGCAUUUAUUACUUCUUCUUCUGACGCAAUUUAUGUAUCACCAUUUGAAUUUUGAGAUUUGAAUAAAUAUUUUUUUGUUAGGUGGUUUUCAAAUAUAUAAGUUUUAUUAUUUUAAAGAUUUCAUGUCUAAAUUUAUGAUCAAAAUUAAACUGCUUAGUUCUUGAAAUACAAACUAUGCCACAUAAACUUAAUAAUUAAUUAUUAAUUGAAUAAGACGUGUGUUCUUUCAUUAUUUUUUCAAUCUUCUACUUCAGUACACUGAACACUUGCCUAAUCUGAAAUAUUGAAUAAUAAAAAAGAAGUUUCUUUUUUAAUCAACUACCGUACCUUUGGACAUACCUUGGUCCUUGAAUGUUGAGUUUCUAUAUGGUGUUUUUCAACAUGAUAUAAAAUGAUGCUUACGUAGCUCUCAUUAGAUGUUCCACUCUUUUCUAUAGAGUGCAUCCUAUUGUAUGUUCUGUGCCAAAAUUUAUGCUAUAUAAUAAGUAGCUAUUAUUGUUUAUGUUUAGUAGAAAGAAGCUUGUGUGGAUUGGAGGAAAUAGAGGAAGAGUGCCUAUUGCUAGAAGCUUGUGGGUUCCUAAUAAAGGUGUACCGACCGAUUCAGUUGAAUACUUGUACUUAAAACGAUUUGUAGCCAAGUUUCUGAUUUCUUUAUAAUAUAUGGUGGGAGGGAACUGCAACUGCACUGCGUAAGCACCCCUUGAAGCAGAGAGAAAUUUUAAAAAAAAUACUCCAAGUGAUUCGAACCCCCGUCAAGCAGUGGCGGAUCUACACUAUAGUCGGGGCCCCUUCGGCGGAAAAAUUAUGUUAUAUAUACAUGGUUAAAAUUAUUUUUUAUGUAUAUAUAUAUUAGAUGUUGAACCCCCUUCGAUUAGUUUUUAUAUUCACUUAUAAACCCCUUAGCGAAAAUCAUGGCUCCGCCACUGCCGUCAAGCACAAAAAAGCACGUUAUCAAGAAGUUGUGGGUUCCCAAUUAAUAUUUGUUAUAUAUUUAACAGAUUCUAAAUAUGAAUAUAGAGUUCAGGGCAGAAGUUACUGGUUCCCGGGAACCCCCACAUGCUACCCUGGAUCUGCCCCUGCCUAUAUUCACUGCUGGUUCUCCAUUCUCCGGUCGGGCCAAACUGUUUACUGAAGCCUUUCUCCUUCGACCGGGAGAGCUGAAUUCAGAAUACCUACCUAAUGGCUGAUUCUAUCAGGCAUACUGUUCACUUUUGAUGCAACCCAAACAGAGACACCAGAUAGAAAACCCCCUUAUUGUUUUGAUUAACUCAUUAACAAGGCGCUACCUGCUAAUCUUGCUGAAUAAACCCUCUCCAAAGAUGCGUUCUCAAGCAUAACUGAAGGUUAACGGUUACCAAGAGACCAAGAUUUACAGUAAGAAAUACAUGUAAUGAUACCAAAAUCCAGCUUCGUCAACUGAAUUUGGAAAAUAAUUGGUUACCAUGGAAUCACCAAUUCAGAAAAGAUUGAAUCAUGUAAGAGAACUCUAAAAUUAUAUGCACCAUCACUAUGAUCAUCAUCAGGUAACCAGAUGAAUCAAUCAAUCAAACUCUUACCUCAAUCACAAACUAGUUUCCACAACUUUCAAGUCUAGUAAGAUUAACAAACAUGAACCAGAAAAUUCAGCGCAAAAAACAUCCUCAUUACCAUGAUGCCUCAACACUGCACAAGGAUGGUCGUAGCAAUAUAACUGGCUACUGUCCUUUGCCUUUUUAUGCAUACUCUAUUCUCAUUAUUUUACAUCUUUUUUCAAGCCUAGAUUAUCCAGCAUCACUCACCAAAAUUCGGUAGCAUACCAUACUAACUAGCCCUCUGCCAAACCAAUGUUUCUAACAGUGAAAAGUAUUGACAUCAAUUGUAUUGGUCGCCCACGUGCAUUCAGCCAAAACUAUUUUCUGGCUGAAUACAGACAUAAUGCUCCUUGAGUCCUUUCUUUCAUCUUCCCUUGCCAAAUGAUACCAUUCCUUUGAAAAAUGAAUUAACUUUCUAAGUAGGGAAACGAAGGAUGACGAAUAAAGUGCAGAUCCAUGAAACUUAUGCAAGCAAGUGAGCUGUAACAUUUCAUGCACUAAGACAAAGGUCUUGCAAGUCAUCCUGUCCCUCUAUUUCGUAGUUCAGCAAUAAUAGUUAUGCUUGAGACGGCAAAAAGAAACUGAUUGCACUCUCUGUUAUAAUUGUGCUUGGAUUAUAAACCCCAAUUUCAAUCAGUACAGGCAUAAUAACUAGCCAAAUAACCAUUGCAAAAAUGGCAUA